AUGCGCGCCGCCGGGGCACGGUGCGCGUGGCUGUGGGCGGCCGUGCUGCGGGCGGCCGCAGGGCCGCAGGCCGUGGACCAGGUGCAGCAGGAGGUGCGCUACAUCUGGCCAACGGCGGUCUGGAGUUUGCCGCUCGUCGGCACGAGCAACGACGGUUCCGCAAAGCUUGGCCUGCCAGAGGGCAGCGAGGGGGACGACGUGCUCUACGGGAAGCUCGCGGCCCUGGGGGAGAACGGGUUCGAGCGUUACAGGACCGUCAUCAUGCCGAUGGAGCUGAAGCUGGACGCGCGCUUCCAGGAGGAGCUCGGGGGCGCCGAGGACGACGGGUCGCACAGCCGACGGGCUAGGAGGCCGCACAACGCAUGA